AUGUCUGGAGAUUCCGGCCAAUCCGGACCGGUACAAUCUCCGCAAGAUCCCGCUGGCGGGACGGAUGCAGGUACCGCGCCUGCCACCACUACAGAGGCCACACCCCAGCAUUCAGUACGGCGGUACCUGGAACUUAAACCUCUGGAAAAACUCGAUCUGCCCUACCAUAAUUUAUACGAAAAUGCCCCUUCAGAUCAUCGAGUUACUUUGGCGCAGUUUUUGAACAAUCUCUUCACUGAGGUUGAGCAAGUUGAUUUCGACAAAGAUGUCAAAGAAUGUGGAACAUGGACUCCCGAGGGUGGGAACAUCAUGAUGCCUCCAUUGGAUGCCGCCGAGAACAGCGGGGCGAUUCCAGUUCCAGUCUCAGUCAAGAAACGUAUCAAAACUGUUUACCAAGGGCGCUGGCUGGCCAGAACAUCUUUCCACAGCGACGAACAUGUCGCCUUUUCCGAGCUGGGGCAUCUGCUGGCACAAGACCACAGUCGCAAUGAAGUCGUUUAUACGCCCAGUGUACUCGAUUCUGUUGAACUUUUAACUUGGGAGCGUGAAGAUUUACUCAAGGCCUUGGGCGAUUCAAAGUACAGACAUGAAAUUCAUAAUAUGCAAAUGUCAAUCUUCCAGAUGUUCCAUAUGAUGCCAAAGGUCGCUGGUCGCGAAUUCCUUCAAGACCGCGUAUUCCAUGUGCUAGUCGUCACUACACAAACCAAACAUGCAGAGAGCCCUGGCGAGCUAGCUCGCACCUUUACCGUCCAGCUUCCCGUUGACUUUGAGUCCUUUGGUAAUGGCAUAAUGGCGCAAAGAAGCCAUGUCAAGAAAAUAGGGUCAUCUCGGACGUAUCAGGUUCCACAAGGACAAGAGAGUUGUAGUUUUAAACCCGACGUGCAACGAUCACGUCAAGGAAGGAAGCUGACAGAGGGCAAGUAUGUGGCGUUCGAGCGGUUGACGGGGGCACCAAAGAAGCCGCCGUCUGACACGGGCAAUACCGGCCAUCAUCGUUGGGACAUGAUGACUGUGGGUGCAGCUGGUGGUGUGACGCGCAUAGCGCCAAAAAGUGUUCAGGAGAAGGAGACAAUGGUGGAAAUUGCAAAGGAUGUAGAGUAUGUCUUUACAUACAUUGCUGAGCAGAGGCGCAAGAAGAGUGGUUGA